AUGGACACUGCUAUGGAAGUCAACCUGGGUGCCACUGGCCACGGGCCCCGCACAGAGCUCGAUGAUGAGGACUACCCCCAGGGUGGCUGGGACACGGUCUUCCUGGUGGCCCUGCUGCUCCUGGGGCUGCCAGCCAACGGGCUCAUGGCGUGGCUGGCCGGCUCACAGGCCUGGCAGGGAGCGGGCACGCGGCUCGCCCUGCUCCUGCUCAGCCUGGCCCUCUCUGACUUUUUGUUCCUGGCGGCAGCAGCCUUCCAGAUCCUGGAGAUCCAGCAUGGAGGGCACUGGCCACUGGGGACGGCCGCCUGUCGCUUCUACUACUUCCUGUGGGGCGUGUCCUACUCCUCCGGCCUCUUCCUGCUGACAGCCCUCAGCCUGGACCGCUGCCUGCUUGCGCUGUGCCCUCGCUGGUACCCUGAGCACCGCCCAGCCCGCCUGCCCCUCUGGGUCUGUGCCGGGGUCUGGGUGCUGGCCACCCUCUUCAGUGUGCCCUGGCUGGUCUUCCCCGAGGCCGCCGUCUGGUGGUACGACCUGGUCAUCUGCCUGGACUUCUGGGACAGCGAGGAGCUGCCGCUGCGGAUGCUCGAGAUCCUGGGGGGCUUCCUGCCUUUCCUCCUGCUGCUCGUCUGCCACGUGCUCACCCAGGCUGCCACCUGCAGAACCUGCCGCCGCCAGCCCGGCUCCACGGCCUGCCGAGGCUUUGCCCGCGUGGCCAAGACCAUUCUGUCAGCCUAUGUGGUCCUGAGGCUGCCCUACCAGCUGGCGCAGCUGCUGUACCUGGCCUUCCUGUGGGACAUCUACCCCGGCUACCUGCUCUGGGAGGCCCUGGUCUACUCUGACUACCUGAUCCUGCUUGACAGCUGCCUCAGCCCCUUCCUCUGCCUCCUGGCCAGCGCCGACCUCCGGGCCCUGCUGCGCGCCGUGCUCUCCUCCUUCGCAGCAGCUCUCUGUGAGGAGCGGCCGGGCAGCUUCACUGCGGCUGAGCCACAGACCCAAGCGGCCUCUGAGGAUCAGACUCUACCAGGGCCAGUGGCUGAGGCCCAGCCACAGGUGAACCCCACAGCCCAGCCACUGUUGGAGUCCGCGGCCCAGCCACAGUCAGACUCUCUGGUCCAGCCUCAGCUGAACCCCAGGGCGCAGCCCCAGGAGAACCACGAGGCCCAGCGCCAGCUGGAUGCUGGGGCCCAGCCACAGGCAAGCCCUGAGGCCCAGCCCCCUGGAGCCCCAGCCAGCUCAGCCCCCAGCCCCUGUGACGAAGCCUCCUCUGCCCCCUCCACGGAUUCCACCCCAGAGGCCCCUGUGAACCCAGCCGAACCUGCUGCCUCUGAGGGAGAAAGCCCCAGCAGCACCCCCCAGGAGGAGGUCCCGGGUGCAGGCCCCACCUGA